AUGGCAAUGAACUAUGUCACUUUCAACCAGGACUACAGCCGCCUGGCUGUCGGAACAUCUCGGGGAUUUCGCAUCUUCACCACGGAUCCUCUCUCCAAGUGCUUCGAGACCAAGGAAGGUAACAUCGCUAUACUCGAGAUGCUUUUCUCAACCUCGUUGGUUGCUCUAAUCCUCUCACCUCGCCGCCUACAAAUCACGAAUACCAAGCGACAAUCGACUAUAUGCGAACUGACAUUUCCCACGACGGUUCUGGGAACCAAGAUGUCGAGAAAGAGACUCGUUAUUGUGCUUGAACAUCAAAUAUAUCUAUAUGACAUUCAGAACAUGAAACUUCUGUACACCAUCGAAACAUCGCCAAAUCCAGCUGGAAUCUGCGCGCUGUCCCCGUCUUCGGAAAAUUGCUACCUUGCAUAUCCUCUACCCCAAAAAUCUGCAACAUCAUCCUUUGCGCCCCCUUCACACGCACCACCCGGUAGCUCGCAUGUUAUACCAACUUCUGGCGAGGUCCUUCUUUUUGAUACUGUGAAGUUGGAAGCCAUCAAUGUCGUGGAAGCUCAUCGGUCGCCGCUGUCGUGUAUGGUCCUGAACAAUGAAGGGACAAUCCUAGCCACUGCGUCCGACAAAGGCACGAUUAUCAGGGUUUUCUCCGUUCCAGAUGCUCACAAGCUGUACCAGUUCCGAAGAGGCUCCAUGCCUUCGCGCAUCUUCAGCAUGUCGUUCAAUAUCACCUCAACGCUACUCUGUGUUUCAUCUGCCACAGAUACUAUUCAUAUUUUUAAGCUAGGGCCACAAUCAUCUUCCCCAACCGCAGAGCCGUUUUCCUCGCCUAGCAGGUCUCCUAGCUUCUUCGAUAAGCGGCGGUGGAGUCAAGGGAGUGAGUCACCAGUGGAACCUAGCGACGAUCUGUACGACUCUGAAUUGGCCUCCUCCGUCUCUGCGAGAAAACCAAACGGCACAUUCAUGGGUCUCAUCCGACGGACUUCGCAGAAUGUUGGCACCAGCCUUGCCACAACGAUGGGAGGAUACUUACCUAAAGGGGUAACGGAGAUGUGGGAGCCUGCGCGUGACUUUGCAUGGAUCAAGAUACCCAAGGCGAAUAACUCAUCAACCUCGGGUUCUUUGAGGAGCGUUGUUGCCAUGAGCAGUAAUACUCCGCAAGUAAUGGUUGUUACAAGCGAGGGCAACUUCUACGUUUUCAGCAUUGAUCUUAUAAAGGGUGGCGAGGGGACGUUAACCAAGCAAUAUUCAGUGCUUGAGACCAACGAGAAAAUGGGUCCGUCAACCAUGGAUUACUAA